AUGCCAUCAGCAACCUCUCGAAAGGGGAAGUCUCGCGCUGCUCCUGCAGAGGAGACUAAGCCUCAGGCCGCUAUGCCCUUGGGAAAGCAGCUCGCUCACACCGACAAAAAGGUCAGAGACAGGGCUAUUGCUGGUCUGAUAGCGUUCUUAUCGCAAGGUGGAGAUACCGAAGGAGAGUCUAGCUCAUACGUCCGACUGGACGAUGACGAGAUGGCAAAGUUAUGGAAAGGGCUAUUCUACUGCUUUUGGAUGUCCGAUAAACCUUUGGUGCAACAAGCUCUUGCUGCCGACCUUGCUGAACUCUUGCUUCAAAUCAAACCCAAGACUGCUUCCUCACAAGAUCGGUUCGAUGCGAGUGUAGCCUUUUUAGAGGGAUUUUGGGAUGCUAUAGUGCGGGAGUGGGCAGGUAUAGAUAGAUUACGGAUGGACAAGUAUUAUCUGCUCAUGCGAAAAUACGUCAAUGCAACUUUCCGUUUAUUGGCUAGGGAGAAAUGGGAGAAGAAUGCUAUUCAGGCUGUGAACAGGAUAUUGACGAAGAAUGGAGGGCCCAUGACGUGGGAAGAUCGACGAGUACCAACGUCAAUCUCAACGCAUAUUGCGGAUAUAUAUCUGGAUGAGUUGAACAAAGCUCUAGCGCUUCCAGAGGUCGAUUCUCAGCCUGCUUGUCCUCUGACUGCCGUUCUCGAACCUCACACCAUCCUUCUCACUCGCACUUCCACAUCUACCGUACACACUCGUCUCAUGUCAUCCGUCUUCUCACCUCUGCUUGAAAGUCUAACUCUUGCGUCUCCUUCUCUCAGUCUGCAGCAGGAUGCUGAAAGGCCAACAAAGAAGUCAAAGAAGGAAGAACCAAUGUUUGCUCAUAUCGUGAUGCACUCAUGUUUGGGCCAGGAAGGACAAUCAGACCGAUCAAGUGCGAGGGAAUUGAAGAAGGGGUUAUUGAAACGGAUGUUCGAGGCUGCUGCGAACGAGAAAGCGACAGAGAGCAAUCGUCGUAAAGUCUACCAAGUCUGGCGGGAAGAGGGUGGAGAUGAUGAUGAAGAAGACGAAGAAGAUGACGAGUGA